CGCGAGGGAGCGGAAAUGACCGCAGCACGCCGGAAGUUUACUCAUUUCCAAGGCGACGGCUCCACCAUCGCUGCAACGGCUGGAGUCGGGACGCUGGAAAGCGACUUAGAGGAGAGGGUACUCGCCGACGGCGGCCGCCGCCACAGUGAAUCGCGGGGAGUAGCAACCGAAGACGGCGGCCGCCGCACCAGCCAUCGCGUGUGGAGGAUAAACGGCCUGCACGGCCAUCGCGGCGACCAAUCCAGGGAAAGAGUUAGCGAAGGCCAGGGCUUUAGUCGUAGCGAAGACAGGGAAGGAAUCCGUGAAGGCAGCGACCACCGCUGCAGGGUACCGACGGGAAGAGCAAGUGAAGACGUCCGCUUCUCCCGCAAUGACUCAAGAAGGGUCAGUGAAGACCUGGGCCACCGUCGCAGUGUCUCUCAGGAGAGAGUCAGGGGAGACCGUGGCCACCGUCCCAGCAACUCUUGGGAGAGAGUAAGGGGAGACCGCAGCAGCGACGUGAGUUUAAGUGAAGUCGGAAGCCACCCCACUAGUGACUCCGGGGGAACGGUCAGAGAAGACCGCGGCCUCCAUCUCAGUGGGACUUGGGAGGGAGUCAGGGAGCUCCGGGGUCCCCGAACCAGCGACUCUGGGGAGAGAGGCAGUGACGACCACAGCCGCCGCCUCAGUGGCUCUUGGGCGGGCGGAAGUGUGGAUGGCGGCCGCAGCCUCAGCAGUUCCUGGGAGGAGGGGGUGAAUGAAGACCGCGGCUACGUGGCCAGCGACUCCUCCGUCGUGAGCGUCAGCGAAGACGCCAGGCGCCGCCGCUUCUGGGAGAGAGAAAGCGAAGACGAAGGUUCCCGCUGCCGGGGCUCCUGGGAGAGAACGACGGAGGACGGCGUCCCCGGGCCUAGCGACGACGAGGAAGACAGCCACUGCUGCACUGGCUCGUGGGUGACAGCGAGCGAAGACCGCCGCAGCAGCAGGGGCCUGGACUCGACUCCUCCCCGGAGUCCGAGGGGUCGCACCAUGCCCGGGGUGUCCGGUUCAGGCCCCUUCACCUUCUGCACGGAGACUGCGACCCCGUUGGGUGCCAGGAAGAAAGUGCAUUUUGGUAGCAUACAUGAUGCAGUACGCGCUGGAGAUGUAAAGCAGCUUUCAAAAAUAGUAGAACGUGGUACCAGCAUUAAUGAAGUUGACGUUCUCCAUAAACUUACCCCUUUACAUUGGGCAGCACAUUCUGGCAGUUUGGAGUGUCUUCAUUGGCUCCUCUGGCAUGGAGCUGAUCUCUCACGAGCAACCAUGAGAGGUUGGACAGCAGCUCACAUAGCUGCCAUCAGGGGACAGGAUGCUUGCAUGCAGACUCUUAUAAUUAAUGGAGCUAAUCUGGCAGCUCAAGAUGAUCGUGGAUGCACUCCUUUACACCUUGCGACAACACACGGACAUUCUUUCACUUUACAAAUAAUGCUCCGAAGUGGAGUGGAUCCCAGCGUGACUGAUAAGAGAGAGUGGAAACCUGUGCAUUAUGCAGCUUUUCAUGGGCGGCUUGGCUGUCUGCAACUUCUCAUUAAAUGGGGAUGUAGCAUAGAAGAUGUGGACUACAAUGGAAACCUUCCAGUUCACUUAGCAGCCAUGGAAGGCCACCUUCACUGUUUUAAAUUCCUACUCAGUAGAAUGAGCAGUGCCUCCCAAGCUUUGAAAGCCUUCAAUGAUAAUGGAGAAAAUGUAUUGGACCUAGCCCAGAGGUUCUUUAAGCAGAACAUUUUACAGUUUAUCCAGGGGGCUGAGUAUGAAGGAAAUGAUCCAAAAGAUCAAGAAACUUUAGCAUUUCCAGGUCAUGUGGCUGCCUUUAAGGGUGAUUUGGCAAUGCUUAAGAAAUUAAUAGAAGAUGGAGUAAUCAAUAUUAAUGAACGUGAUAAUAAUGGAUCAACUCUUAUGCAUAAAGCUGCUGGGCAAGGCCACAUAGAGUGUUUGCAGUGGCUAAUUAAAAUGGGAGCAGACAGUAAUAUUACCAACAAAGCAAGGGAGAAACCCAGUGAUGUGGCUAAGAGGUUUGCCCAUUUAGCAGCAGUAAAGCUAUUGGAAGGACUACAGAAAUAUGAUACAGAUGAUGAGAGUGAAAUUGAUGAAAAUGAUAUUAAGUUUUUCAUAAGACAUGGUGUUGAGGGAAGCACUGAUGCCAAAGAUGAUAUAGGUCUCAGUGAGUCGGAUAAAACAGAUGCCAGAGUGAGAGCUUAUAAGAAAAUUGUAGAAUUGAGACACCUCCUGGAAAUUGCAGAGAGCAACUAUAAACACUUGGGAGGCAUAACAGAAGAAGAUCUAAAGCAGAAGAAAGAACAGCUUGAGUCUGAAAAGACUAUCAAAGAGCUGCAGGGCCACCUAGAGUAUGAACGACUACGCAGAGAAAAAUUAGAAUGUCAGCUGGAUGAGUAUCGAGCAGAGGUAGAUCAACUCAGGGAGAUGCUGGAAAAAACUCAGGUUCCCAACUUUGCGGCUGUGGAAGAUGACCCUUCUUGUGAGUCAAGCAAAGAGAAGAGGCGAGUGAAGAAAAAGGUGUCUUCUGGGGGAGUUUUUGUGAAAAGAUCUCAUACAACCAAAGCUUCAAGAAAGAUCCCCAUGUAACUGGGUAGGAUGAAGGGAAAAGGGAGAAGAGGAGGAAUUGGAAUGGGACCUGCACCCCUGGGAAGGAGCUGUGAAGGAAGAAUGCUAACCUCACCGUGGGAACCUCCUUCACCAGCUGGGAGGUAUGCCAGGACAGAUAGGGAACUUCAGAGGCUGAAGAGGAGGGUAUGGGAGUUGGCCUGAGGCACUGCAGGGUAUGGAGAGACCAACACAGAAGGUCCUGACCACAUCACCACGCUUCCCAGCCCAAGAUGUACGCCUGCUGGUGUGCAGAGCGACUGGGUGCUGAAACUCAGGCUUCAGCAGACAGACCCAAGGAGAGGACUCUGGUUGGUUGCAUGGAGACAGACCAAAGGGUCUGAAGCAUGGUCCAGACCAUAACUGGGGGCGUGUGCAUGUGGAGGUGGGGCUGAAAGCUGAACUGAUAGCUGGCCAUCCCACUGUGGUUGCUGGGAUGCAGCUCUGGCAGGUUCCUGCUCUGGCGGACUUUUCACUGGAACCACACAUGUGUGCCUGAGGGCACCCUGGGCUGACUGCGGGUUCAGGGGAUGCAGCUCUAGUGGGUUUAUGUGCUGGUGGCUUGGUGAGCGCGUAUGCUCUGAACUUAUUACCAGGAGGUGGGCCCAAAGGGCAGUGCCAGCAACACUGAUCUUUGUGGGUGCACACACCAGGUGGCAGGCGGCAUCACAGAAUCCCACGUCCUGGCAGGCAGCUCCUGGGGAGGAACAUGCAGUGGCUCCUCUCCCAGAGGGAGCGCUCCAGUCCUGCCUACUUCACACCACAGCUGAGAACCAGAUCUGGGGAUCUGCACUACAACAGCUGGGGAGCAGACCCUGCCCCUGACAGGGCUGUGACACCCAGAGAGCAAAGAGGAGGACUUGCUCAACAUCCAUUAUGGGCUCUGGUCACCAUGACACUAAUCACACUUCCCUAUCAAGGGGAUAAUGGCUGGCGCACACACAGGAAAGACGUGGCAAGCAUCGAUACCAAAAACAGCUCUUGCACCAAAGAUAUUGGACUCAGGCAGGCUACACUGGGAUGUUCCCACAUAAAAAUAGCCCUUCCAGACCACAGUAGAUAACUGCUUCUCCUAAAUUCAUAGAGAAAAUAUAAGAAAAAAGAAGCAAAGGAAUUACUCCCAAUUAAAAGAACAAGAGAAAUCCCCUGAAAGGACAAACAGUGAAACAAACCUCUACAGUCUACCAGACCCUGAGUUCAAAAAGGAGGUAAUAAAAAUGCUGAAGGAAUUAAGAAAUGCUAUUGAUAGAAAUGUAGAUCACUGUAACAAGGAACUAGAAACUGUAAAGAGGAGCCAAUCAAAAUUAGACAACUCAAUUGCCGAGAUGAAAACCGAAGCUAAAGGCAAUAAACAGCAAAGUAAAUAAUGCAGAAGAACAAAUAAGUGAUCUGGAAGAUAGAAUAAUGGAGAUCACCCAGUCAAAACAGCAGACAGAACGUAUGCUAUCUAUGGGAUAAUAUAAAGCACACUAAUCUACUACGUCUAAUAGGGUUCCCAGAAGAAGAAAGAGAAAAGGGGAUUGAAAAUGUAUUCAAAUAAAUUAUGGCUGAAAAGUUCCCAAACCUAAAGAAGGUAUUAGAUAUCCAGGUCCAGGAAGCACAGAGGGUCCCAAACAAGAUGAACUCACACAGAUCUACUCCAAGAUAUAUCAUAAUUAAAAUAGUAAAAGAGAGGAUUCUAAAGGCAGCAAGAGAAAAACAGUUAUAAAGGAACCCCAUAAGGUUAUCAGCUGAUUUCUCUACAGAAACUUUGCUGGCCAGAAGGAAAUGGCAAGACAUAUUCAAAGUCCUGGAGGGGAAAAACCUGCAACCUAGGAUAUUCUACCCAGCAAGAUUAUCAUUUAGAAUAGAAGGAGACAAAAAGAAUUUCUCACACAAGCAAUAACUAAGAGUAAACAGCAAUAUUAAACCUAUCUUAAAAGAAAUAUUGAAAGCUCUUCUCUAAAUUGAAAAGAAGCAACAAUCUAUAGGAAAGGGAAAAAUCACAAUAGAAAAGGUAAAUAUAUAAAAGGAUUGAAGAUCAUUUAAAUAAGACAGUACACAGUUAAAAAACAAUCCAAAAAAUUCUGUGAAAAUGAUUGAACAGAAAAGGAUAAACAUGAAGAUGUAAAAUAGGACAUGAAAAUCACAAAAUGUAGGGAAGGGGAGUAAGAAAUGUAGAUCUUUUAGAAUGUGUUUGAGCUCAUAUGACUACCAGUCUAAAGCAAGUAGAUAUAGUGACAGUUAACAUAGUUGAAAACCAGAGUAACCACAAAUCAAAAAAACAUACAAUAGAUUCCCAAAAACCCAAAAGAAAGGAACUCAGGCAUAAUACAAAAGAAAACUAUCAAAUCAAAAAAGGAAACACAAAAAGAAGAAAGGAACAAAGAAGAAAUACAAAAUCAACUGGAAAACAAGGUUUAAAAUGGCAAUAAAUAUAUAUUUAUCAAUAAUUACUUUAAAUGUCAAUGCACUAAAUGCUCUGAUCAAAAGACACAGAAUGGCAGACUGGAUAAUAAAACAAGAACCUACAAUAUACUGCCUACAGGAGAUCCACUUUAGGGUGAAGGACACACACACAGAUUGAAAAUGAGGGGAUGGAAAAAGAUAUUUCAUGCAAAUGGAAAUGACAAGAAAGUGGGGGUAGCAAUACUCAUAUAAGACAAAAUAGACUUUAAAAAACAAAGGCCUUAAAGAAAGAUAAAGAAGGACCCUGUAUAAUGAUAAAAGGAUCAAUACAAGAAGAGGGUAGUACACUCAUUAACAUAUAUGCACUCAAUAUAGGAGUACCUAAAUAUAUAAAACAAAUGCUACCAAACAUAAAGGGAGAAAUUGACAGGAAUACAAUAAGAGUAGGAGACUUUAACACUGCACUGUCAUUAAUGGACACAGAUCUUCCAGACAGAAAAUCAAUAAGGCAACAGAGAUCCUAAAUAGCACAAUAGAACAGUUAGACUUAAUUGAUAUCUUCAGGACAUAACACCCCAAAAAACCAGUAUACACAUUCUUUUCAAGUGCACAUGGGACAUUCUCUAGUAUAGACCACAUACUAGGACACAAAACAAGCCUCAACAAAUUUCAGAGGAUAGACAUUAUUUCAAGAAUCUUUUCUGACCACAACCCAUGACAUUUUUCACAGAACUAGAACAAAUAAUCCUAAAAUUUAUACGGAACCACAAAAGACCCAGAAUUGCCAAAGCAAUUCUGAGGAAAAAGAACAAAGCUAGAGGCAUAACCUUCCCAGACUUCAGACAAUACUACAAAGCUACAGUAAUCAAUACAGUGUUGUAUUAGCACAAAAACAGAUAUCUGGAUCAGUGGGACAGAAUAGAGAGCUGAGAAACUCACACACCUAUGGCCAAUUAAUCUUCAGCAAAGGAGGCAAGAAUAUACCAUGGAGAAAAGACAAUCUCUUCAAUAAGUGGUGUUGGGAAAACUGGACAGCUACAUGUAAAAGAAUGAAAUGAGAACAUUCUCUAACCCCAUAUACAAAAAUAAACUCAAAAAAAUGAACUGAUAUAAGGACCUAAAUAAUACCUUUAUUUACUGAUAAAACGGAUAUUGGAGAAUGUGGUUAAUAUCUUCAGUCCAGUAAACUUAUCACUGACCCCCGAAUCGGACUUACCUUGUCCCAAGUAUCACUGUACUAGAGCAGGCCUCACCCUGUAGAGGUGAACUUGAUCCUACAGGAGCAGAACAGAAUGAAUGUUCUCUGUAGACAGGCUGGUCCCAAACAGGAAUGGGGAGAAGUGGCUGGGCUACUUGGGCCUUGUUUCUCCUUUCACCUUACUUAAUCACCUAGGGCAGGGUGGUUGAAGGAAGAGUGAUUACAAUAUUAUGCUAUUGGAGCUUCCUUCACAUGGAGGAAAGAAAUACUCCCUCUCAGUAUUUUAGCAUAUUUUAAAUUGUAACAAAUGAAUAAUUUACCUGUUUACUGUCUGUCUUCUCCAACUAAGAUUGUCAGUUCCAUGAUAAGGAAGCCAUGUUCAGCUCUGUGCACAUGGGUACCAGCAUGUUGUCUGGCCCAUAGCAGGCAUUCUUAUUUACUGAGUGAGCAAAUGUACUGUAGAGUUUAUUACAAUGGAACCUAUAUGGUCUUUAUUUAUUAAUCCAACACAAAUUUAUCUACAGUGUGCCAAGAAUUUUCUUAGGCAAGAGGAUUCUGAGAUAUUUUGAAUCAAAAUACAGAAAGUUUUGUUUUGAAAACAAGCCAACUGUUAGCUCUUUGAAAAAAACUUAGUUGGAGAGCCUCUGAUUCUCACUCGCUGGACCAUACAAGGUCAGUCUUUUGAUUGCUCUAUACUUUAGAUUCCCUAUUUAUAACUAAACAAGUUUGCAACACAUACCAAAGAAAUCCUGUAUGAUUUACAGUUGUUCAAGCAAACAAGAAAACUCUGGUUCAGUUUCUAUGAGCUAUCAAAAGGAUAAAGACAAAAUGCCUGUCUAUCUCAAAUCAAUCAGGUUUUGAAUGGCAUCUUUUCAACAUAAUGAAAUAAAGACAUAUAUAAAAACCAAAGACAAAAUACACCUUCCCAUUCUAAAACAUUUCCUUUAGUCCAUAUGUACUUUAAAUAAUCUUGUAUUAAGUUUCUACUGCAACUUUCAAUGUUCAGAGUAAAUCCAUCCUGGCACAGUGUUUGUUCUAAAAAGUCAACAGCAGCAGGAGUAGGAGCAUAAUAUAGUAGUUUCACUGUUAUUUCCAGAGUCUAUAAAAUCCCAACGCUAUUGCCAGGCAAGUAAACACUGAGGCUGUGAAAAGAAGAAAACAUGUUAUAGGUAAUGCAUUUGUGAUUAUCUUGCAGAGACAAAGAGAAUAAUGUCAUCUUCAAUUUAAAUUGAAAGCAAAAUCAGGAAAUCCAACCAGUUUUCUUUUCUUUGCCUGCAUUGAGCAGCAUGUGGGAUCUUAGUUUCCCAGCGAGGGAUCAAACCCACGCCUCCUGCAUUGGAAGCAUGGAGUCUUAACCACUGGACCACCAAGGAAUUCCCAAUCCAACCAAUUUUCUACUUUAGGUUUUUAAUUCCCUAGAAAAUUAAGCUAAGGAUAAAGGGUAUCCAUUAGGGCUGGAUUAAUAUCAAUUCUUCUUAAAAGCUUCCUGUAUUUUAAACCAGAAUAAGGAUGACAGUAAUUUAAAAGUGUACAUUAUGUCAGUUAGAAUCUAUAAAGUGUUUAAAGUCAUUAUUAACAUUAGCACUAUUAACAAUGACUACUUUAAAUAAUUACAAACUCUAAUUUUAGAAAUAAUUUAUAAGUGAAAAACCACCUUUCUUACAUGUACUGAAAAAUUACGUAGUUAAGCCAGUAAAACAGACAUCCGUAUCAUCCAAAAGAAAAUUUUAAUUGCCUUUUCAGUACAUUUAAAAAUGAUUUCGUGCCUGCUGAGCUCCCAGGCCAGUCCCCUGCCCUCCAAGGCUCCCUCUUCGCCACCCUCCCACCCAGCUGCAUUGGUACUGCGGGCAUAGGAAGGAGGCUGGGGAGAUCAGGAGUGGCAGGCAGGAGGGGCACUCCCAGACCCCAGACUGGAGGAGCAGGAGAGGAGGGCGUUUGCCCUGCCCACUCGAGCCCAGGAAGCCUGCUGGGCUCCAAGGUGAGGUCCCCUGCCCUCUGAAACGAGGGGUGGGGGGCACACCUGGGUCCCUUCUGUUGCUUGAGCCUAAGCCCUACCCCCUGGAGCCCCCGGGGCCUUUUCCAGCCCUGUGGGUCCUGAGCAUUGGCCCUGCCCAUCGCCCAAACCUCACCCUUGCUAAGGUCCUGCUCUCCACAGCCAACGCCCUCCCCCCGAUCUUUUUUCUUUUUCUUCCUCCUCCUCGUUUUUACUAUUGUGGUAUUGAUGUCCCUUCCGGUUGUCGAUUCAUCUAUAUUUUUAUUUUUACAUUAUUUCUAACAUAUCUGUUAGUUUCCUAGUCUAAUUUUAUUUUUUACUUUGUUAUUUUUUUUUUGCCAC